UUUAAUGGGUAUAUAACAAAACAUUAUUAGUCGACUUAGUUUUGUAUACGAUUGUACAAUUUUUUAAUGAACCAAAUAAGAAAAUUGCUUAGAAAAGUUACAUCGACUAAAUAUCUUCAGGGCAUAAUACUCGUUCGUAGAGAUCGGUAACAAUUAGUACAUGGACGUCAAAUGAGUGUUUAUUUAACGUUUCUUGUGAUACAGUUACAGUCAUCUGAGGAAGGCGAACUGGAACUUAACACUGAGCUGUCGAAUCGUCCAGUUAUUCAUAAGAUUUAGUCAGGAAAGGUUCCACAUUAUGAAUUCGUGGAGUCUGUAUUAAAUACAGUAUAAAAAAUAGGCCGAAUAAUGUGUAAUUGGAAAAAUUAAUCGAAUAAAUUUAUCCUAUUAUUUUCUUGAGAAAAAAUUUUUUUAAUACCAUCAAGUGUACUACGAGAUCGUCAUCUGGUAUCAAUUUCUAUUUUAAUAACUUCAACAGGCAAAAGAAAAAUGUAUAAAUAGCAUAGAAUCUUUUUAAGUGAAAUUUUAAUGCACGAGUGUUGAUUGGGUCGAAUAAUAUAAAAAAGAGAUUUUUGUGUACUUAAAAAAUUGUUAUUCAGUAAUACGUGUGACGUUUUCACACAUUACAUUUGACUAUACAGAAAAAAAAAUGGAAACACGGUUUUUUUGUCUUACGAUCCUAUUAUCGAUAUCAGUUCAAUCGUUAUCGGCAGUAGAGUCGGAAACAUCCGAAAUAGAAUCGAUUACCGGCACGAGGGAACCGGAAGAUCUGACGACGACGCCAAGCCCCAUUUUAGUUACAACCGUACAAUCCUUCCGACAAUCACGAUGGUAUCGUUAUGGCUACCAUGGACGACAGGAUGACGUAAUGAAACCGAAUGGCUAUCACGACGAUCACGAAGUUGACGACGAUCACGAUGACCACGUCGAUGUUCACGACGAUCAUCACGAUGAAGACAUGAAAGCAUUAGCAGCAACAAACGAUGACUACUGGGGUGGCUAUUAUGAUUUCCUAAUCAAUGAAGGAAGUUACAAAUUCUGGGCCGUAUUUCAACUUGCCACCGCGGCGCUACUCAUCUACAGUGGUUUUGCGGCACUUUAUUACGCAAAGGUCAAUCCACCAACCGACGACUACGAGGAUUACCUACUGCGAAGACGCAGAUCUAUAAAUCGGCCGUCACUGGAAAGGACGUUCCUGGGGCUCCGACCUGAGACAUUUCAAUUGAUAGUCGACGCCAUUGCUAAGGAAUUUCAUUGACGAUGUACUUCGAAUAAAUGUCAAUCGGGGAUUGACAUAUUCUGAUACCUCAAUCUGCGGCUUAGGUGAUAACGCAAUACAGCAAGAGUGACGUUUCCUCGUCGCCAUUUGAACUCGCGUAAAAUUCAAUACGUAGACCUUGUACGAUAUAUUAAGUAUAUAUGCGUCUACUGGACUUCUACGUGAGUUUGAAUAAUUGAUAGUAGAAUUUAUUGCGUUAUAUGCCUAGUUGAAAUUUCAGUAUAAAUAUCCAGAGUCCGUCAUGGUCCUAGAUACAGUUGUACUGGUUCAGUAGGUAGCUAGGUAGGUCUUGGACUUAUGAAACAUAAUUUUUCCUAGGGUAGGUACCUGUAUUGACUGAUCAGCUUGUUACGUGUUUAAUCGAUCAACAAUAUCGAUUGAAAUCAUGUCAGAGGCAUUGGAGUAUAUAGAUAGUCAAUUUAUCAAAUUUUAUUCCGAUUAGUUACAAAGUCUUGUAUUCGCGUUUACUUGUAAAAUACGAUUCGAGAUUUUGAUCUUUGGAAAGUAGGGCUGACCCUUUCAAUAAUAUCAUCUAUACGUUCGUACGUGAUAUUCUUCGUAUGAUUAGGUUUUCAUGUUUAACAUAAAAUUGUAAUAUAUCGAACACACGCAUUGUUCGGAGUAUAUGUAUUCAUUAAUAAAAAUAUACAUCUGUCAGUUUGAUACUGACUUUAGUUUUCGUAUCGGUUCUCAACGGACUGGUUUAGUUCCAAAAAAUUCCGUCGGAUCGAACUGUAACGAAAUUAACGUACAAAGUAAAAUUCAAAAUCAAAAAUUCGAUCGUCGCUGUCAAAUUAUAUUAUUUUUUUGUAAAGCUUUAUAAUUCUACAGAAAAUGAUCAAGUUGAUAAUUUUUGUUUCCACUUUAACUCCUCGUCAUUAUAAACGAAUGACACAUGCGUUAAUGGCGUAAAGUGAUAUUGGUAAUUAUGUCUAAAAAAUGAGACCAACUUUUCAAAUAAAUUUAUUGGCAAUAAUAAUAAUAAUAAUAAUGAACUAACCCUUCCGGCUUUACCAGUCUGGUUGCCAUAGCAGUGGGAGUAAUAUUCGUGGGAACGAAACGUCUUGCCGAAGCGAUUUCACAAAAAUUUUGCAUAUUCCUUCCACUUCGCAGCUGAUCCACGUUAAAGCAAAGGGCCAAGAGAAAAAAAAAAGAAACACAAGCGGCCGCUAAAUAUUCAACGUAUUAAAACGGCCAAUAAGAAUCGCACAAAAAAUGUCGACCGAUAAAUCAAGAUGGGAGGAGGGAUUGGUCCAGAGAGAUUGGUGGAACGAGAAGGGGGUGCUAGUCUCCACAGCGUCGAACCCUUUGCAGCCUCAGAGGCAAAUUUUCUUGUCGAACGGCAAUGUAACGAGAAGGCCCCCAAGCAUUGUAGGAAUAAUACAAUGGCGUAGCCGCAGCAAUCGCGAUUGGCAUACACUUUAGGUAGUUUAUUGUUUCAUGGUUUCUUGACGCCAUUGCAAAAAUCAACCGCGGGCGUCCUGACAUUCCCCCACGUUCGCGACGGCGUUUACGAUGUCCAGUGGGGAGCCAACGGCGUCUCAAGGGAUGACGGCGCUCCUCAGUGAUUUUGCAAAAUUUCCGAUAAAUCUAAAGUACGGGUCUGAUAAGUAUCCAUAGGCGUCCUGGACGUCCGAACGUCGACCGUCCCUUAAUUGGUUGCAAAGAUUUGAAUAAAGAAAAUAUAUGAUUUAAAAACUACU